GCCGCCGCCAUGGAGUCGGUGCCGCUGCAGGACUUCGCGAGAGCGCUGGACCCCGCCUCCCUCCCGCGCGUGCUGCGGGUCUGCUCCGGAGUCUACCAGGAGGGCUCCAUCUAUGAGCUCUCUGGGAAGGAAUGCUGCCUCUCCACAGGAGACUUGAUCAAGGUCACCCAGGUUCAUCUCCUGAAGGUGGUCUGUGAGAACCCAAAGACAGGUCAGACCUUGGAGAUCUCCCCCAACUUCCCAGGUCUCUUCAGACCCUUCAGAAGCAACCAGAGCUACACGACCCUGGAGGACCUCAUCGCCGGUGUAACCCAGAGCUCUGCACAGCUGCCCAUUUGUUUCACGUCGGCCCACAGAAUUGUCACAAAAGCCAGGGCGGUGCCUGAGGACCAGACCCUCAUGCUUGAGGCUGUGGAAAUGCACCUUGGGAUCCCUUGUGCACGCUGUGUCCAGGGCUUGGGAACCCAGGAGGUCGUCUACUACGUGCCUCUGUCUCAGAAGGGGCUUUUCUGGAAACGGGAGUCUAGUCCUCCCCAAACCCUGCUCCAGGUCUUGAAGGACCCAUCUGUAAAAGACCUUGUGUUCACCUGCCCCAGCCUUCCCUGGCACUUCGUCAUCCUGCGGCCUCAGUAUGAGAUCCAUGCCAUCAUGCACAUGCGUAGGACCAUCGUUAAGAUCCCCUCUGCCCUGGAGGUUGAUGUGGAGGAUGUCACCGUCUCCUCUCAGCAUGUCCACUUCAUCAAACCGCUGCUGCUUAGUGAUAUCCUAGCCCAAGGAGGCCCCUUUCCCUUCUCCACGGAGAUCCUGGAGGUUCCAGAGGGCCCACCCAUCUUUCUCAGCCAGUGGGUGGCCUCCCUGCACAAAGGCCAGAGGCUCUGCAUCUAUGGCCUGGCCUCACCAACCUGGCGAGUCCUAGCCUCAAGCAAGGGCCAAAAGGUACCCAGACAUUUCAUGAUCUCUGGGGCUUACCAGGGAAAGCUACGUCGGCGGCCGAGAGAGUUCUCCACUAUCUAUGACCUCCUGGGUGCUUUUCAGCCAGGCCAGCGCCUCCGAGUGGUGGCCACGAAAGACUGUGACGUGGAUGGAGAGGAGAGCCCUGACUUAUCCUCCCUGGUUGUGGGUGACCGGCUGGAGGUGUUGGGACCUGGCCAGGCAUAUGGGACCCAGGAACAGGACAUAGAUGUCUUGAUAUGUCAGCGACUGAGUGAGCAGGCUGGGGAGGAAGAGGAGGAUGUAUAUGAGUCGGUGGAGGACCAAAAACAGAUUCUGUUGCCCUUCUACCUUUCUGGUGGUUUCGUGGAGGAGGUGAAGGAUGGCCGGUGCUAUAGUCUCUCAGAUCUGAUUGACCAGUUCUCACUGCCCUGUGAGGUCAAAGUGGUGGCUAAGGACACUCACUAUCCUAUGGACCCUCUGGUCUCCUUCCGGAGCCUGCGGCUGGAGGAGAAGAUCACAGAACCCUUCCUGGUGGUGAGCCUGGACUCCCAGCCGGGGAUGUGCUUUGAGAUCCCUCCUCGGUGGCUGGACCUGACUGUGAUGGAAGCUGUGGGGCAGCCAGGCCAACUGACUGGGCCUCUUCCCAUGGUCACAGUGGAGGAGUUGUCAGAUGCCUUCUAUUAUAGCCUUCGGAAGCUACCAGCCUUUGAGAGCCAAGCCCCUCCGCCCAGGCCCCCAAAGAGCCAGCGUCUGAGCCAGCACCUCAGCGAGCAGAAGCAGAAAAGAAAGGACAGCCAGAAGGAAGGCAUCAAGUCAUCUCAGUUCUUGGGAUCACAGGAUUCCCCACUACUGCCCAGACCCAAGGCAGAGACUUUGCCCGGCUUCUCCAAGGACAAAUCAGAUCUAUACAGCAAGAUUCCCACCCACAAGAGCCUCCAGUCCAGUCCUCAAACUCAGACUCCAGGGAUGGAACUCAGGACAUCAAGUGUGCUGGGCAAAUGCUGUACCACUGAGCCGUACCUUCUGCCUGACCCAGAUCCUUUUGCAGAUAUGGAUGAACAUGACUAUGAACAAAUAGUCGAGCACUUCCGGAAUACCAUCUAGGCGCUGAGGAACCGUGCUUCACAGCUGAUGCUUGUUAGGGGCAUGGGACUCCAGCCAACUCUCACAAGCCUCUGGAAGACCUAGGCCAGUCUCACAGAAAGGAGACUCAGAUGGGGAUGGGACUGAAAUGGGAUGGGUGCUUGUUACUCUCCUUGAGUUCUGGGUUCCUGCAACUGGGGGCUGGCUUGUUUGGGGCCAGCAGGUUCUAGGUGGCUCCCUUUGCCUGAGUCUUAUUAUCCAGAGAAGCCAUCUGGGUUCUGAAUCAGUUGUACCACUGAUAAGUGUAGAGUCAAGAGGCUACCAACUUUAGUGUUGAGUGCCUCUUGGAAAAGGGGACUCAAUCCAUCCUGAUCACACUCCAGGACGCCCUGUUUGCUACCCCUUUGCCCACCCUCCCACUCCUGCAGCCCAUGGAGAGAAGACUGGAUCCUUCUCAUUUUGGUAGCUAAGUGCUUAGUUAAACAAAUGAAGAGAUAGCGGUUAAAUGCUUGCCCGUGAAGCCCAAAGACCCCGUUUCAAGGCUCAUAUUCCCCAGGA